AUGCUCUACCUAGACAAACCAACUGGAUGUCCCAGUUGCUUCUCCAGCCUAGUGCUUUUGGCCACUGGAGGGGACAGAGCUUUAGAACAGGGGUCAGGAAAUAAUGGUCCAGAACAGGGCUUGCCUCCUGGCAUCAUUAUCUCUGCAAGCCCUGAGUCCCUCUAUGUCCUUGUGUGCCCGCUGUGGUCAGUGGAGCGUUUUUGCGACCUGUGUCCUGAUGAAGUAGCUGAUUUGUUUCCGGCAACACAGAGAGUGGGGAUAGCGGUGGAGAAGUAUUUCCAGGGGACCUUCCUCUCCUUCUCCAUGCAGGAUGGCCCCGAAGCUGGACAGACUGUGAAGCACGUUCAUGUCCAUGUCCUUUCCAGGAAGGCUGGAGACUUUCACAGGAAUGACAGCAUCUCUGAUGAGCUCCAGAAACAUGACAAAGAGGAGGAAGACUCCAGGACUUGGCGAUCAGAGGAGGAAAUGGCAGCAGAAGCUGCAGCUCUGCUGGUCUACUUUCAGUGA